AUGAGAUGGCUCUGCCUCUCCGCAGCCCUUCUUGUCCUCCUGGUUAUCCUGGUGGACAGCAUCCCGGUGAAUAUACACCAUAUCCAGGAUGAAGGUCUGGAGACAAGCCAUACACGGGAACUUGAGAAGCGUUCAGUAGUAAAUGUGGUUAAAAGUAUCCUCAGCGGUGUGAUUACAGGUACUAAGAUUGUCGGAAAUGGAGCCAGUAUACUAACAGGAUUGGCUGAAAUAAUCAACAAAGCACUUAAAGGUCAGGUGAUGAUUUCCGGGAUACAAUUCGAUAACCACACGCCAGAGGAAUUGCCAACACUCCAGAUUGAAUACUCAACACUCAGUGAGGAGAAUGAAGGUGUGGAAACAAGCCAUAAACAGGGCCUUGAGAAGCGCUCAGUAAAAAAUGUGAUUAAAAGUGUCCUCGGUGGUGUGAUUAAAGGUACCAAGAUUUUCGCAAAGGGAGCCAGCAUACUAACAGGAUUGGCUGAAAUAGUUGGGAAAGCACUUAAAGGUCAGGUGAUGAUUUCCGGAAUACAAUUCGAUAACCACACACAAGAGGAAUUGCCGACACUCCAGAUUGAAUACUCAACACUCAGUGAGGAGAAUAAAGGUGUGGAGACAAGCCAUAAACGGGUACUUGAGAAGCGUUCAGUAGUACAUGUGGUCAAAAGUAUCCUCGGCGGUGUGAUUAAAGGUACCAAGAUUUUCGGAAAGGGAGCCAGUAUACUAACAGGAUUGGCCGAAAUAGUCAACAAAGCCCUUAAAGGUCAGGUGAUGAUUUCCGGAAUACAGUUUGAUAACCAUACGCAAGAGGAAUUUCCUACGCUCAAUAUGGAAUACUCAACACUCAGUGAGGAGAUGAAAGUUUCACCAACUUCUAUGCCUGCUUUCUGCAUGGAGCCUAAAUUUGUGGGUGUCUGCAAGGCCACGAUGGUCAGGUACUUCUUCAAUGCCCAGACCGGGUACUGUGAGAUGUUUUUAUAUGGCGAUUGUGGAGGAAACAGAAACAACUUCCUGACAUUGGAGGACUGCAGGCAGACCUGCCAUCCAAACGCAUAGUCCCUGUGAGGACACACGAAGAGUGUUCCCUGAAACUCUGAUGUCCGAGGAGGACUCCUGCAGGGCUGGGCUGUGUCUACAUCUGAAUGUCUUCAGUCUCCUCACAGUCCUUCUCUCCCCACCCUCAGCAGAGUGUGCCUAUUUCCUUUCCUCUAUUGGUCAACACGUCUAAUUCUCUUCUAUCCAGGUGGCUCUCAUCACCGUGAGAGCAUGUCUUCUGUUUACCCCUAGCACUUCACACAGUUCCUGGCACCAAUGAGGCUGUUUAUAAUUAUUUGAGUAAGGAAGGAGUAAAGUAGGAGCACAUUCCUCAGGACCACAUUAACUCAGAGGCUGCAGUGUAACAUAGGAUUUUUGUUUUCACCCCCAUCCUCACAGCAUCCUUACCUUCAUCCCUGUCCCCACCAUCACUGCUCUCCUUCUGGGUGUCCAAGGUGGUAUUUCCAGCAUCCAGUUCUGAGCAUCAGUCAUGAGAGAAGAGUUUCAUUUAAAAAUGUUUCUUGACUGUACAAGGAUUUGCAAUUUUCAUUUUUGUAGCCUCAAGCCCUAUGGGCUAUAUUUCAAUAAAUGCACAUUCAAAAUU